AUGGCUGUAUUUUUGGAAUCAUACACGCUUCCCGUCCUUAUAUUUUUCCUUGAGAUAUUGGUCUACCUUGAAAACUUAUGGUACGAGGCUAUUUGGUCCCGUUGGCAGCCUUCGCGUACCACUUUGGAUAAGCUUAUUCUAUACAAGGAGGAUGAAAUAUGGCAAGCGGUGAUCUAUGGAAACAAUGGAGAUGUCCGAAAGAUCUUUGAGGAUCUCACGAAUAGCCACGCGGAGCGUGGGACGCCUUCGCAUUCUGUCUCAGACAAUGGCGGAGUAAGUAUUUCGCCAAGUAACUCUAGAGCAGCAUCCACGUCGGGCAAUAUAGAGGCAGGAGUCUUUUUCCGUCGCCCCAAAACAAAACUCCAGAAAGCAGUUGAGACGGAGGUCUUGAAUGGCAGUUGGGGAUACGACAUGGGGGUACAAGCCCGUCUUGAAGCUAUUGCAGAUCGAUUGGCAAACUCGAGACGGAGAUUAAGCAAGAAAGAAAUCAACAGAACCAAAGGAAGGUUUAUCGGUAAAGUGUCGAUCCUAUGGAUGGCCAUCCAUCAAGGCUACAAGUCAGAUGUGGACUACUUACUCGCAGAGCGCAGUCAAAAACUUGAUUUGGUGAACACAUUUCAGCAAAAUACAGUUCUCCAAGAGGCGGUAUCACAAGGAGACUGCGAUCUUGUACGGAAAAUCCUCGAAAACAGCUCAUUCACAUCACCCGAAAAAUACAUCAAUUCUGGUGACUACCGUUCCAGGACUGCAUUACACAAUCUGGUAUGCAAGUCCGUUAGCCAGCGAUCUCCCCCUAGUUCUUUCGAACUGGAGAAUACCCUCGAAAUAUUCGGGUUAUUGUCAGAGUACGGUGCAAAUGUUAAUGCUUUGGAUGGGUCUUUCAUGACUCCGCUUCAUUCGCUGUUGUUAGAAGCCUCUUGGGGAAAGUUUUGGAGAGACGUGGGAUGUGAAUAUAAGUUCCUUGUUCCUCUUCUGGAUAGCCUCUUGUUGGCUGGGGCAGAAGUUCAAACGAAAGAUAAGGAAGGGAAUUCACCUCUGCAUAUUGCCUGUGAACUACAAGAUCAUGAAGCGAUUGAGAAGUUGGUCCUCAACGGUGCGGAUCCAGAAACUCUAAAUCGUCAUGGGAAGACACCUAGACGGAUUUUCCAUGAUAUUCAGGGUUCAGACAAAGAUUUCUGGAGGCGCAUGACUAUACUAUCCCGGGAAAGGCAAACCGUUGGUGCAGACGUCUACGCUCCAUCGAGGAAGCUUUCACAGAGGCACGACGGAAUUACAAAGGCAAGAAUGGCUAUUUGUCGAAAAUCCCCAGUCCAUCUUCGUUACCAAAAGAAUGAUCACGCUACCGAGAGCAGAAAUCCCUUGCAUUGGACUGCCGGGGAUAUUUCAGUAUCCGAAGUUCUUUAUCCCAAGAGUUUAUCAAAGGGCACUACAUUCUUGGCUGAAUGCGAUAAGGAAUGCCAAUGCGCGUGGAACGACCUCUUUCAACAACCCAGAGAAGUAGACCAUAUAGCUGGAGAUAACCUCGAGCAGGAGCCUACAGCAAGGAAGUCAACGGCAGUCGAUAGCGGUGUCACGCUGGCCAAAGGCGUAUGGAGAUGGGUAAACUUCCCUGCAAAUAAUAUCACAUGGAUUAGAGAAUUGAUCGAAACCAAUUUCAACAUCGAUGCCACCGCUUGGAAUUUCUUCGAAAAGAACGUAAAGAUCCAUAACGCGAGAAACAAUGGCCCUCGAAUCAGAACACCGCAUGCUUAUAAGAUGAGCAAAGAUGCCACUAUAUCGUCCAAGAACGAAGGUGAUGAGAACACACAAAACGAGCCAAUGGUAUCUAUUGUGAUUCCAUUUAUAGAUAUUGAGGUGCAAUCUGAGGAUCCUUGUACAGCAAGGCAGGAUGAAGAAGCCUAUCCUCCCUUCACAGGGUUAGAUGGAGUACAGAUGCCACAAACAUUAGACCAGACUUCAAUCAAUGCCGAGAGCCAAUCAAAAUUGCGAUGCAAGGAGAAUCAAGUCAUUUACAGAUGGUCCCAAAAACAAGGCUCUGUAGCGUUAAGGAAGCUCCCGCUGGAAUGGAGAGUUCGAGAUCCGGUUUCCUAUCUCGCAUUUUCACUUUUCAUGGUAAGGCGGCGCGCCCAAGAUCAUGAGAGAUACGACGCACGAAACCUAUCUUUGGGCAGCACUGGCAAAGCUGGCAGGGAUGAAGGGGCAGACUUUUCAGCCAGGAUGCAGAGUAUCCGCAAGGAACGCCGUCCAAAAUGGCUGAUGGUUCGGCAGCUCUGGCUCUGGAAAUUGAACAAUGGCACUAUUCUUACCGCGAUACCGUCGCGGACAAAUAUGUGCAUGGCAGAUGACUUGCUGGAAACUACCCGAGAGGGUGUGUUGCAUAAUGUGUCCAGUAGUGAUGAUCUUAUGAAGCACAUUGUGAAGGAAGCAAUCAUUUUCCCCGACAAAUUCAUGCGCGCCGGGCUUGGUGAGCAUAUACUUGACAUAUUUGAAGGCGAGAUCGCCUCUGAAGCCGAUGAAGAAGCCACCUUCUAUAACAACUUCACGCAAAACGACUGGGACUCUAAACACGCAAACAGAGCUAUCAGCUGCACCUGGCGUGUAAAAGAUAUUCGUGACGAGUUGGGCCUCAUCCGGAAGGUCUUUUUGAGUCAGCUGGAGGUUAUCAGGCAAUUUUCCAAGGUUCUUAUGCCACAGCAGACAAAAACAUCGGGCGACUCGGAGUACGUUCGCACUCUCGUGGCAGAACUAGAAGGCAUGAUAAAGCGGAUCAAAUUCAUGGAUAGCGAAGCCGUUAAUACCCUGGAAAGUCUCAACAACAUCACUCAGGCAAUGCUAGCCCAAGCGUCGCUGAAAGAGGCAGAAUCAGCACGUCUGAUGAACUUCAUAAUCCUUCCGUUUACUAUUGUCACUGUUAUCUUUACCCCUCUAUCCUUCAUGACAAGCCUCUUUGCUGUCAAUUCGGAUGGCUUCCCACAUAACAAAGACGGGGAGCUUCGAAUACCUUCAGAUUGGUUCUGGCGGAGAAUGGUAAUCGGGGAGUUCGGAACUCUUGUCCCACUUGUGAUCUUUGUCCUCUUCCUCUAUUACUCGAGGAGAGGUCGGAGAAACCCCCUUUGA